AUGGCCGGGUCAGCUGACACCAUUGUGAUGCCGGCUCUGGGCCGCCCGUUCCAGCUGGGGAUGCUGUACGACUGCCGCAAAGACACCCUCAUCCCAGGCAUCACUUUAUGGGACCUGGAGACACUUCGAAAUCAUGUAGAUGCAGAACCACAGCCCAAGACUGACUAUCAGAUUAUUGCAUCUGACACCACUGACGACAAGGCAUCUGCCCUCAAUGUCACAGCAUCGCUGAAGGCCAGUUUCCUGUCUGGCCUGGUGGAGGUGAAUGGAUCCGCAGAAUAUUUAAGUGAUACCAAGACAUCAAAACAUCAAGCCCGUGUUUCUCUCCGGUACUCAACUACAACACAGUUUAAGCAGCUGAGUAUGAGCCGGUUAGGGCUCCCUAAUAUCUCUUACCCUGAUGUGUUUGACCAAGGCACGGCCACCCACGUGGUCACGGCUGUGCUGUACGGGGCGCAGGCUGUUUUUGUCUUCGAUCGGGACAUUUCUUCAUCUGAGAACGUACAAGACAUACACGGAAACCUCCAUGUUAUCAUUAAAAAGAUACCCCUGAUUUCCAUCGAAGGGGAAGGAGCUCUCAAAAUGGAUGACACGGAAAAAGCACAAGCUGAAAAACUUAGUUGUAAGUUUUAUGGUGAUUUUGCUCUUGAGAACAAUCCAGCUACUUACCAAGAUGCCAUGAAAAUUUAUUCCACCCUCCCAAAGCUGCUGGGUGACAGCGGGGAGAAGGCCGUACCAGUGAGAGUCUGGCUGUACCCGCUGACCAAGCUGGAGUCCAAAGCUGCUCAGCUGGUGCGUGAGAUCAGCACAGAACUCAUCUUUGAUGUUCAAACUGCUCUGGAGCAACUGACAGAAUUAGACAUGCGAUGUAAUGACGCAGUGAAGAAAUCAAAUGCCACAAAGUUCCCUGAAAUCAGGAGCAAAAUCCAGCAAUUCAAGGAUCUGUGUAAACAACACAGAGAGACUUUCCAGAAACAGCUAGCAAGUAUCUUACCCUCCAUCCGUGGAGGUGGAAAAGAGGAAGGGGCCCUGGUGGACAUUUUAUCUCGUAAAAAACAGUCACCGUUCAACACUCAGAAACUCAGUGAAUUUUUGGAUACAAAGGAGCGAGAGAUGAAUUAUGUGAAUUCCUACCUUAGUGCCCUAAUGGAUGUAGAAGUGGUGUCCUCUCAGAGUGCACUAGAUGAAAUAGUACUCGACACUGGGCUUGAUUUCAUCAUCUCAUUUACAUUCACCUCAUUAAAUGAAGAGGAGCCGUAUUUAUCAGAUUUAAAACAAUGGCUUCAGACCCAGUCUAUGGAAGAAACUCAUGAUCCUGCCUUAGCCAGUUCUGUUGCUGAGAAACUAAAAUCCAAUGAGUGGUUUGAGGGAAAAGAAAUGUAUAAAAAAGCUCGAAAAUCUGUGAAGUCACUUUCAAAUUUUGCCAGUGUCAACAAAUCUAAUGGGAAGACUCGGUUCAUUGUGGCCUCUGUCCCAGACAAGGACAAUCCAGGCACUUCCAUUUACCUGUAUGAGGAUGGAGAGCUGAGCAGCACCAACUUCGAGCCUCCAUCAAAGCCUCUUCCUGCCCUGAUUGCUGGAAUCAGACAUGACCGUGUGCAGCUCACGUUUAACCCAGCAGACUAUGGAAGGGCUGCAAUAUCUGGCUAUCGGGCAGAGUACAGAAUUGUAGGGCAGGAGAACUGGACGGCUGUGUAUGUAAAUAACACACAAGAGACAUUCACAGUAACAGGGCUCCCUGCAAACACCGAGUACCAGUUCCGAUACGCGGCAGUGAGCAAACCGGGGCUCAGUGAGAGCAGUGACAUGUGUGAUCCUGUGAAGACUCUUCCUACCAGCCCCCCUGGGAAGCCCAUAGCAACUACUGUAGAUUCAUCUGCCAUCACCCUCAGCUGGGAGAGUCCAAGUGUCACUGGAGAUGGAGUCAGUAUAAGCGAGUAUAAGGUGGAAUAUAAAGAGGAGGCAGGAGAUACGAGUCACGAGGGAAAAGAGAAAUGGCUGGAACAAAGGACAGGAAAGAGAACCGAGUUCUGUACCAUUGAUGAACUGCGUCCUGAGACGCCCUACAGAUUCCGGGUGUCGGCUGUGUGCGCGGAUGGGGCUCUGUGCCUGACCGAGGAAGGUGACAAAUCUGAGGAGCUGUCCCAGAUCGAGGUUCAUGUGCAGCUGCUGACAUAUAACCUCUUCUCCUUGGCAUCUGCACCUCCAGCUUUCUCCUGA